AUUUACACGUCUUCCUUCAUAAACCCCACACCUAGCAACCAUGGCCCUUCGCGCAUUCGGCAGCCUUGCCCUCGGCAACCUGGGUCUGCAGGCCCAGGUCAUGCAGUUUGCUGGCGCGACCGCUAUGCGCGCCUACGCUACUGUCGAGAAGGGCUACAAGUAUGCUGCUUCGCACGAGUGGGCCAAGGUCGACGGCGACGUUGCGACCGUGGGCAUUUCGGACCACGCUCAGGGCGAGCUGGGUGAUGUGGUGUACGUGGAGCUGCCCGAUGUGGGCAAGGCGGUGAAGAAGGGCGAGACCUUUGGCGUAGUUGAGUCCGUGAAGGCCGCCAGCGACGUGUACUCGCCCAUCAGCGGCGAGGUCGUGGAGGUCAACUCCCUGCUGGUCGACAAGCCCGGCACGGUGAACUCCUCGCCUUUCAAGGAGGGCUGGAUCAUCAAGGUGAAGCUGUCCAACAAGGGCGAGCUCUCCAGCCUGCUGGACUCGGACGCCUACGCCAAGGAAUGCGAGAAGCACUAAUAAGCUUGCUUUGAAUGAAGCUUGGCAUAUUCAGCCUCUGCACUAGCAGCGCGCCACGUUUCGCAUCUGGCACUGCCCCAGUAUGCGCUUCGCCCUAGAAGGGGGAAAUUUGGGCACCUUGCGGGCAUGAACGGACGAUGAUUAGCUUGACGGUGUACUGCUCGCGUGGCAGCUUUCUGUGCCGAGGACGUGUUUUGGCUGUUGACAUCAUUGUUGCAACGGCCAUCGUGAUGUACGAGGCACCAGCUUGUUGGGGCCGUUCUUUGGUGUGACUCCUCUCUUUGUACCCGCGGCAUCAGUCUGUAGUUGAAGCCUCAAAUUGUGCGCGUGAUGAAAGUAGCUAGAUCGGGUGUUGGUGUUGCACUCACGGCGCAGGAGAGCCAGGCGGCCAUAGCGCCGAUGGGGGACCUGCCGUCCUGCCGGGAGUUGCAUGGGCGCUGAUGGUGGUGCUCAUUGGCUUUCCUCGAGGCUUGAGCUUACAUGCGCUACAGCAGCAGUGAGGUUUGCCUUUCACCUGUUGACUGAUAUCUAAGCUUGAAAAUGAGCCAACAAGCUGCUGCUGUGUAAGUUGAACG